AUGUUUUUCUCAGUAAGCCACCACACCAUCUACCAGAGACUGCAUACUGUUAAUCAGUUGUCAAGAUAUGUCAGGUAUGUAGGUAACUGCCUCUGCUGGAUCUUGUUGUCAGCAGUACUGACGGAGAAUGUUCCUUUGAAUCCAGGAAGUAAGGAAGCAGCCUUCACCUACGCCAUUAUCGCUGCCGGGGUCGCCCAUGCCAUCACAGCGGCCUGCACUCAGGGUACGCUGAGCGGCUGUGGUUGUGACAAGGAGAAGCAGGGCUUCUACAACCAAGAGGAGGGCUGGAAGUGGGGAGGAUGUUCAGCUGAUAUUCGCUAUGGUCUGAGCUUCUCAAAGGUGUUUAUAGAUGCACGGGAGAUCAGGCAGAAUGCCAGGACACUCAUGAACCUUCAUAACAAUGAAGUGGGACGCAAGGUCUUGGAGAAGAGCAUGCGUUUAGAGUGUAAAUGUCACGGUGUAUCUGGAUCCUGCACCACCAAGACUUGCUGGACCACUCUCCCAAAAUUCCGGCAGUUGGGUUACAUCCUCAAGGAGAAGUAUAACCACGCUGUACAUGUGGAACCAGUCCGAGCCAGUCGGAACAAGAGACCUACAUUUCUGAAGGUUAAAAAGCCUUACUCGUACCGGAAGCCCAUGGACACGGAUUUGGUGUACAUCGAGAAGUCGCCCAACUAUUGCGAGGCAGAUCCCAUGACGGGUAGCAUGGGAACCCAGGGCAGGAUCUGCAACAAGACUGCACAGCAGGCCAAUGGCUGCGACCUCAUGUGUUGCGGUCGAGGAUAUAAUACACACCAGUACUCACGCGUGUGGCAGUGCAACUGCAAGUUUCUUUGGUGUUGCUACGUCAAGUGCAACACCUGUAGUGAACGGACAGAAGUGUACACGUGCAAGUGAAAUAUUUUUUGCUGGGGAAUUGAUACACACCUGUGACUAGUGCGGUAGAGGGUCUACAAGUGACACAACCGGAUGGCCACUGCUAUGGGUUCCAGGUAUUGAGAGGAAAGAGCCAUUUGCACUGGAAAUCGUGGGUCUGGUGGAGUCUAGACGGAGUAAUUGUUUGCAAUGCAUGCAGCUUUGCUCCAGAGUUCUGAUGAGGGCUUCGGUGUUGGUACCAGUAGACAUCUUUCUGUUCCAGUACUGAGCAACAGAGCGAAGUAGCCUGCAAAGGCUUGAUCUGUAGACCGUGAGAAAGAUGUGGGGUGUGAUUAUUGAGGGUGUUCUGCUCAGUAGACAGCACAGAAGGUAUUUCUGAGGAACUUAUUUGGCCUGAGUGAUUGAUAUAACAAAUCUUACAACAUAAAUAACUGUAAAUGGACACAACAGUGAUAUUUAACUUUUUAUUUAGAAAUGGCUAAUGUUAAUUUAUUUAAUAAGGAAACUACUGAUUUUUCUCAUUGUGUUUACUAACUUGGAUUUAGCUCUUCUCCUGUUUAAUAUUGUGUGUUUUGGAUAGAAAUAAACUGACCAACUUUUACACUGUACAUCAUGUGCUUUAGCUUAAGGAUGAACCAACAACAAUGCACAAUACAAAAACAAGUGCACUGCACUCAAGGUGUAAUUACAAGUCUCUGAAAGAGGAGACUCUACUGUCUUUAAUGUAUCAUUGUAAGGCUUUUUGCUUCUAUUUUCCCAUCUCCUUAAGUGUCAACCCUUGCACAUAUAUUCCUAUGUACAAUUACACACUGGAAUUGGGCAUCGUGUUUGAAGGCUCAUUCCUUCCAAAGUGAAUAACUCUGUUUUUAACAUUGGUCCACAAGAACAUUUGUCUUAAAAUUGUAAUAGUCCAAUUAAAAUAAGCAAAUUUAAAUGGGAUCUAAAUUCUACCCACUUAAACUUUGAGACCUCAUUUGACACAAAGCUUUAUGCUAAUGAGGCCACAAGCUUCCCUCGAUUUUUGCUAAUAUUUGCUCUGUUGGAAAGAGAAAGAGAAAGAGAGAGAAUCAGUAAUUAAUUCACUUGUCAAAUGGAAUAGCCUCAAUACAGAUGCCCCACCUGCUACUGAUGUGAAAUGUUGAGAUCAGAUAACCAGUUCUAUUAAUGUUAUAUAUUACAGGUAAUAUAACACUUUUUGCUGCUAGUUUUGUUUUGUUCUGCAACUGUAGUUAGUACUAGUAGUAUUUUGUGUGUUGUGACCAGAUGUGGUUGUGCAGACAGAUUGUCCCUGUGUUGACAUAUAUUUUGUAAGAGAUUAUUUUUAUAUUUUAUUUAUUUUGUGUAAAGGAAAAACCCACUACCGAUGUCCUUUAGAUGGACAGAAAUUAGAGAGAUAAGCUAGAAACAGUGUGAUUGUGUCACGGUACCAGCUUGAGCAGUUUAUUGUAAUCUACAUCUCAAUGAAGUAUCACUCAUGGUGAUGUAGUUGCCAAGUACGUAAUAAUGA